CUCACAGAAGAAGAAGAAGAAGAAGAGGAAGAAGAAAUCGUCAUGCCGUACACAGAGUAUGAAGGGGACCUGAACACCGCUGUUACGUUAUUUGACUAAAAUGUAACGAGCGUUUUAUAGCUGCUGUCUAUGAAAAGUAGCUUUGUUUCAGUUAAACUCUCGGACUACAGACUCAGACGAGGCUCCACCGCAUGAAAGAGCGUUAACAGGUACAAAGGCGAUACUACAUUCCCCACUGAGGCGAAAGUCUUGGGUUAAGUGAAGCCCAACAGACUCACUGUACAGUGUCUAUUUCAGGAUGGCGGGUGUGUUCGACAUAGACUUGGAGACGGAGGACAUCAGUGAUGCAGAGGAUGAUGUCUGUGACUUCCCCGUGCCAGAACCAGAGAAUGGUCAGAUAGAGGAGGUGGAACUGACCAGUGAGAGCGUCAACAGAGACAGUGAGAGAGUUGGGCCUGACUGCUUUGAGCUUCUUACUGUGCUGGGGAAAGGAGCCUAUGGCAAGGUUUUCCAGGUGAGAAAGGUUCAAGGAGCCCAGAUCGGGAAGAUAUUUGCCAUGAAGGUGCUGAAAAAGGCUAAGAUAGUGUGUAAUGCUAAAGACACUGCUCACACGCGAGCAGAGCGGGAGAUCCUGGAGACGGUGAGACACCCGUUCCUCGUGGAUCUGCUCUACGCCUUCCAGACCGGGGGAAAACUCUACCUCAUACUUGAGUGUCUAAGUGGGGGGGAGCUGUUCAUGCAGUUGGAGAAGGAAGGUAUCUUCAUGGAAGACACUGCAUGUUUCUAUCUAGGAGAGAUCACAUUGGCCAUAGGUCACCUCCACUCGCAUGGGAUAAUUUACAGAGACCUCAAACCUGAAAACAUCAUGCUUAAUCACGAAGGUCACAUCAAGCUAACUGACUUUGGCCUCUGUAAGGAAUCGAUUCACGAAGGAUCGGUCACACACACCUUUUGUGGCACCAUAGAAUACAUGGCUCCAGAGAUCCUGACCAGGUUGGGUCACAACAGAGCAGUAGACUGGUGGAGCCUGGGGGCCCUGAUGUAUGAUAUGAUGACUGGAUCUCCUCCAUUCACAGCUGAAAACAGGAAGAAGACCAUUGAUAAGAUCUUGAAGUGUAAACUCAACCUACCCCCAUACCUGACCAUUGAUGCCAGGGACCUCAUUAAGAAGCUGUUGAAGAAGAAUCCAGCCCAGAGACUUUGUUCAAGAAAUUCAGACUGUGCUGAUAUCCAGAAACAUCCUUUCUUCAGGCACAUUAACUGGGAUGAUCUUCUUAACAAGAGAGUGGAGCCGCCUUACAAGCCCCAGCUGCACUCGGAUGAGGAUGUGAGCCAGUUUGACGUCAGGUUCACCAGACAGACACCAGUGGACAGUCCUGACGACACCUCACUCGGCCACAGUGCAGAGCUUGCCUUCGCUGGUUUCACCUAUGUGGCUCCAUCGGUCCUAGAGAGUCUAAAAGAAGGCUUCUCAUUUGAACCCCGAACACGAGCUGUCCGCCGACACAACAGCAGCCCACGCACACCCAUCAGUCCCCUGAAGUUUUCUUCUGCCGGGCCCUUCAAGUCGAGCACUCAUGGAGAGCCGGAGCCCUUCUCUCCUACUUCUCCGCCAUCAGCACCGGUUUCCAUGUCACUGGAAAAUGGAGGUGCCAGUCAGCCAAUCAGGACCCCUGCGAGGAACAAGAAGCAGAAGGGACAUCGGAGAUGAGCAGGAAAGGUUCAGAGUCAGCCUGUGCUGCAGACCUUGGUCAGAUUAAUGUUUUCUCUCAAAUACCGCAGGUGUUGAGGUACAGAGCUGAAGGUUUUGGUUUUAUUUCUGGUAUCAUGCUUUUUUUUAAGUGGUUUAACUAAGAGGUGUCUGAAAGGCCAAAAACUUUUUUUCCCUGUCAUAUUCGAAUUAGAAAACUAAAACAGACACAGCUCCUCUUGGGUCUUACUGUCAAGCUUUUCUUAUUUGUCAUAUUGACUGUUUAAAGGAAGUGCACUUCACACAGACUUCGCUGGAUCAACUUGGAAUAUUUAUGCUUUAAUUUAUAGACUUUAGAGCCUCAGUUGGAUCACUGUUGCCAGAUGGCUACUUUAUUGUGAAAAGCUUAAUUAAAAAAAACAAGGACUUAUGUAAAAGUAUUAUUUUCAAAUGAGAUCACAAUAAGGACCAUUUUCUUCACCACUUUCCCUAAAUGCAUCAUGGGCAGUUAAAGUCACUUAAAUGAUGGACUGACUGCUAAGUUUUAAUUUUGUAUGUACUCUAUAUGCUCUAUAUUACAGCUAAAAGUAAGCUGUAAUUUAUGUUUUUCAUUGAAUUAGUUCCUCAGCUUUUAAUUAGUUCAUCAGGCUGACGUUUCAAUAAGAAAACUGAAAAUAUUUUGAUUGGAUUCUUUUUUCCAUAAAGGUAGAAAUGUGACAAAGACCUUUAGCCUUCAUAUAAUACAUUGCAUACAUGAUAACAUAUUCUUGACUGUCAGGUGAAAAUAUGGAAAAUCUCUCUCUCUUUUGACGUUUCUUUAUGUCUGCUGCCAAAGGUUUUCCCACUUGCUGUCCUCGUAUUGUAAAAACGGACUGAUUACACUAUGUUAGGACUUAACAAAAGGGACAAGCUGUAUGUAUUCAUUAGGAUCUAUAAGGAGGGUUCACAUAUACACAAACAGAGCAUCCAUAAAAAGCAAACAAUGUACAGUCAAUGCUGGUAAAGUGGUGCUCUCCGAAAACAAUGAAUUAUAUUGUAUAGAAAGAAUAUUUUGGGUAACAGAACAAACCUAUUUUUUCACAUAACUUAGGUAAAAUAGUUAUAUUAAAAAUAAAGUGCUUGAUGUUAUGAAUUGUUUGAUUGUCAUUGCCCGACAUAGUCAGACACUUACUCAGAAGUUGGAUGAAUCAUAGGAAGGUUGUGAGGUUCAUGUUGUGCCAACAUUUUCUCAGCAAUGUCUUUUGUUUUUAAAUCAGUGGGUUAUAGAUUGAGAUUAAUCAAACUAUAUCUUGUUACAUUAUUUACAAUAAAUAAAACGAAUUUUGCAUUAAUCUUUAGGUACAACAAGAGAACACGGGCAGCUCUUCGAAGAAGCUGAGGCUAAAUAUGUGUAAAUGUUGUAACAGACAUAGUAAAUUAAUCUUAUCAGCUACAUAGCUUUAAUCCAUUGUCUCCACAGUGCAAUGACAUGGACAAUUAAAGAUAGCGGAGACAGACAGACACGUAUUGUAGCGAUGGGACAAAAUGGGAACAAUGCUGCGGUGCAAAUAUCUCACAUAUUCACAUGAGUAACAGCUGCAGAAGUAAAUGUAUGCUUCUAUUCAUUGGCUAAAUCAUUAGCUUCCUGUCCAUCAUGGUCUGUAGUGGAGAAUACAAUUUUCACUAGGUGUAAACUAUCCUUCGAAUUGUAUGUAUGUCUUAAAGUAUGCAUGACAAUAAUGCAUUAGGAAAUAAAUGGUCAGAUGAACAAAUGCAGAUAAAAACCUUGAAAUAGUGAAAUAAUUAAAUGAACACAUGGCUACAACAGGAGCAUUCUCCUAUGUCUGUCACUCAGUGGUUUGACCGGUCCACCAGACUUAAUUAUAUGAACAAUUAUUGCAUGAAUUGACAUGAAUAAUGUUGCAGAUAUUCUUGCAACCCUCAGGAUGAAAUGUUUUAAUUGACUCGAUCUGGCACCAUAAUUUGGUUUCUAAGCUGCAAAUCUAAUGACAUGAUAAAUACAACCUGCUAAACAUCAUCACGUUUGCAUUGUUACAAGGGGUGUUGAUGCAUUCAGCUAAAGAGCACUGCAGUGGAUUCAGACUUGAUUCUAAUGUAGAAACAAGAGGAUUUGUAAAGAUUGAAACAACUUUUCAUAAUAAUGAUAAAAUCCCUCUUAGUGUAUUGGGUUAUCUACAAUUUCAUGGUUAAAUAUUUCUGCAUUAGUUCAGUUGAUCAUUUUAUGCUUAUAUAUUUGAUCAUAUUUAUUUUAUUUUGAACUCUUUGGGCUGCCUGUUCCUUUGUUCUUGUUUAGAAAGACAUAUUCCUCUUCUGCUGCUCUUGUUCUUGUGGAUUUUAGGAAACAGGUGUGACACAAAAGCUCUUCAACCUCUGCUCCACCAGCCUCUGUCUGGAUCUAUUUGAGGCAGAGUUUGAAUUAUAUUCUGAGUAAUGUCUGUUGUCACACUGCAGUCUGUUAUUGUAUGGGCACUGUACUAGAACAGUUGUACAGAAUAAACUGCAGCACCUCAUGAUGUGAUUCUAAACAAGGUAUUCUUAAAGCUAACAAGAACAACCCCCCCACCCCCACCCACCCACUCAGUUAUUGAAUUUGCAGCUGGACAGCAGGAACAAGUGCUGAUGUGUUCACUUCUGUAUAUUUAUUUACAAAACUAAGAGUAAUUAUUUCUAAUUCAUUAUUUUGAGUGGUUUUAAGUGGUUUAUUCUUUCUUUCUUGUCAUGUAUAAUUUUUCAUUAACAGACGAAUGUUUAAGAAUAAAUGGAUUAAAUGCUGAA